UUAUUAUUUUUCAAGCGAUCCGAACGUCCAGUUCACAUUUUCAGUGUUGGCUAUUUGUAUCUAAAUUAAAAUGUUAUUCCAAGAUGCCCAAUGCGUCAUAAUGUGCGCGUCUCCGUGGAUGGUGGUUGUCCAGGGUGGCUCAACGUACGACAGGACGUGAACGAAAGAAAGAAAAAGAAAGAACUGCAUUUGUAGCUGCUUCGGUUUUGACGUUUGACAUCAUCGGACUAGGCGUGAGCUACAAUUCCCUUUUUGUUUGUCUUUUUAUGUCUUCAAUACCUCAUUAAAUACACGCUAAAGGCCUUCUUCCCGAACGGCCGCCAUGGUUUCAUCUCGGCUGAAGUACCUGUCUCUGGGCGUGCUGGUGUUCCAGACCACGUCCCUGGUGCUCAUCAUGCGCUACUCCCGGACCCUGCAGGCGGAGGGCCCGCGGUACCUGGCGUCCUCGGCCGUGGUGGCGGCCGAGGUCAUGAAGAUCUUCAUCUGCUUGAUGCUCGUCUUCAGAGACCACAGCUACAGCGUGCGAGCGUUCAACAUCGUCCUUCGCCAGGAGAUCGCCCACAAGCCCAUGGAAACCCUCAAGCUGGCCAUCCCCUCGGGCAUCUACACCCUGCAGAACAACCUGCUCUACGUGGCCCUGUCCAACCUGGACGCCGCCACCUACCAGCUCACGUACCAGCUGAAGAUCCUGACCACGGCUCUGUUCUCCGUGUUCAUGCUGGGACGCCGGCUGGGCAUCUACCAGUGGCUCUCUUUGAUCAUCCUCAUGACCGGAGUGGCUCUCGUACAGUGGCCGUCUGAAUCCUCGGUGGUGGCGGAGAAGGCGUCCGUGUCCACGGGCUCCCAGUUUGUGGGCGUCACGGCCGUUCUGGUGGCGUGCUGCUCCAGCGGCUUCGCCGGCGUCUACUUCGAGAAGAUCCUGAAGGAGAGCAAACAGAGCGUCUGGAUACGCAACAUCCAGCUCGGGAUGUUCGGCCUGUUUUUUGGCUUUUUCGGGAUGAUGAGCUUCGACGGGGACAAAGUGAUGGAGUCGGGAAUGUUCCAGGGUUACAACGUGGUCACCUGCGCCGUGGUCACGCUGCAGGCGCUGGGCGGUCUGGUCAUCGCGGCGGUCAUCAAGUAUGCCGACAACAUCCUCAAAGGUUUCGCGACGUCGCUCUCCAUCAUCCUCUCCACGUUUAUUUCCUACUUUUGGCUCCAGGACUUCGAGCCCACCAGCGUCUUCUUCUCGGGAGCCGUCCUCGUCAUCGCCGCCACAUUCCUCUACGGCUACAAAACCAAGCCGUCCCCCAACCCCAGCAGGGCGUGAGACGGACGGAAAGCCCAGCGCGACCAAAAGGAGGUCAGGGAAAGAGAGGGGGAAAGGUCAGUCGGGAGGGUGUACAGGAACAACUCAAGAAAAGGUCAAGCACAAUUGUUGUUUACACCUGAAGUGCCUCAGCUGGGAGAGCGAAAUCACAACUUUUUGCGCAAUCAUUCCAUCUGUAGCAAUAAUGUCUGCAUGUGUAGUAACUGAAGAACGGCUACUAUGGAAGGCUAAGAGUUACCUCAUAGGAAAUACAUUACAGUGGAACCUCGCUUUUCACUGACUUUUUUUUCAUCGAAAUUAUGUCCCAGUUUUCGUACAUCCGAUGGGGCCCCCUCCCCCCCCCCCUCACCCCCUCCAAAAAAAAACAAGACUCAGACAUUCAUUUUCCUGGAGUCGAUCAUCCCGCGGGUUCAUCUGGAGCAUUUUAGUAAGUUUUGUAAAAAAACAAUUCAGCAGACAGCUUAGAUGUAUUUCACCAUGCAAGCUUUUAAUAACAACUCGGAGCAAUAACAACCAUCCUGGGAAUCAGAGUAAUUCAUCCUGUCAAUAGUCAGGCCUUCAGAAUAAAAAGAAUGCAAUAUAAUAACAGUUUCAACACAAUUUCGUUGGUCCCAUGCUAGCUUAUUUAGCAGUAACGCCCAGUAAACAAGCACAAAAUUGUUUUGAGUAUGGCCGCAUGAUAAGGCACCAUGGGGCCAAAGAAAGUGUGGUGAAACUGUUAUUAUGAUGGCAUGCUUUAAUUUUGAAGGCCAGACAUUUGACAGGAUGUCAAACCGACGUUGACCCAAUUUGCCAGAGUGCUGCUGAGCAGACCGGGAGGCUUGUUAUCGCCUUGAAUUGUUCAUAAAAGCUUCCAUCGUGGAAUACGUUUUGUGGUCUGUUAAACCGUUUUUACACAAUAUGACAGAAAGUUCCGAGUGUCAGCCAUAAAUAAGGCGAGAAAGACGAGAGAAUUCAAGAAAGAACUCUGAGAAAAGUACAAAAAUGGCUCCCCGCUCCUCGCCGUCUUUCAUUCCAAGAGUCUUCAAUAAAGGUAAUGAUUAGGUUAAAUGAUUUUUCCAUUUCAUCUGUCAGAUUUAUUUCCCGCUGGUUUCUGUAUGUAAAACUAUAGUUAUUCUUCAUAAAAUGUUUUUUGUUAAUGUU